AUGAUUGGUGCAGAUGCUGUACCUCUUCCCAUCAGCAAAUGGGUGGACAGGACUCUCUGCGCAGAGUUUCAGCUUCUCAGCGAGGUCUGCGACAUGCUUCAUCGGUCUGGCGUCUCGAUGACUUGUCCUGAGCUGCGCUAUGCGGUUGAAGGAUGUCUCAAUCUGUACUUGUCGCAGCCUUCGUGUGUCUCUUGCAUCGGCGUGACCGGCUUGGUUUUUCGUGUCAGUGCCAUGAAGCAGUUCCAGACUUUGCUUCCAGGCGUCGACCUCUUCGUGGAAUUUGGUAGUUUGGAGCCUUCGAACCAGAGUUGGGCGGCUGCGAGCUCCAGCGGCUCAUGUGUUCACCGGUGGUGCUGGGGGGUUUGA